AUGGCAAGGUUCUUCAAAACCGCGUGGAGUUUUCCCCCGCUAGUCAGCAGCGCGCUCGUCUCGCAAGCCACAAGCCCUGUGAGGUACGACACCUUUGACAGUCUCUCUCUCAGCAUUCCAGCCAUCCCGUGGGGCAGGCCUGUAACAAUGGACCACUGUCUCCAACACUUCAUCUCCUCCGAGACCAUUAAAGAUGUGGUGUGCGAGCACUGUACCAAGAUUCGAGCUGGAGAGACAAUGAACGGACAGACUGUGGAGAAGCAGAAGACGACUUUUGUCAAGCAGCUGAACAUUGGGAAGCUGCCCCAGUGCCUGUGUAUCCACCUGCAAAGGCUGUCCUGGUCCAGUCAGGGAGCCCCACUGAAGCGCAAUGAGCACGUGCAGUUCAGUGAGCUCCUGUCCCUGGACGGUUACAAGUACCGCACGGCCUCUCGGAGGCCAGGACGUCACCGGCUGAGCCGGCCGGCCAGCACCGGCAGCUUCCCCCACACGCUGGACAGCAGCACAGUCGGCAAGCUCGGCAGCAGACCAGCCCGGUCCGGGUUGUCCAGUGACAAGAAACUGCAAGUAGCGAACAGUGCUUGUUCAGCCUCUCUGCUGUCCUCUCUGGUGGCCUCGCCAGCUCUUGUAAGCGCAUGUUGCAUGUAAGUUCUUUCACUGUUGAUC